ACUACACUUCCCACCCUUGUGCGCACACCUACCUUGAUGAUGCAGCCUUCCCUGGAUAUCAAACCCUUUAUGUCCUUCCCUCUGGACAGCAGCUCUGCUGUUGGAUUCUUCCCAAAUUUUAACACAAUGGAUCCUGUGCAAAAAGCAGUCAUAAACCAUACAUUUGGAGUGUCCAUUCCCCCAAAGAAGAAACAAGUCAUUUCCUGUAAUGUCUGCCAACUUCGCUUUAACUCUGAUAGCCAGGCCGAGGCCCACUACAAAGGAAGUAAACAUGCCAAGAAGGUCAAAGCACUAGAGGCAACGAAAAAUAAACCCAAAGUUGGUUCUUCCAAGGACAGCGCAAAGGCUAACACAAGCUGCUCCACCGCGCCAGUCACAACCAACAUCUCUGACAAAUCAGAAGAUAAAGGGAAAGCAAAACCCAAUAAUGCAAGCCAGCAGUCCAGUACAGAAGUGGGUCCUUUUCCUCCCAAAACUGGAGUGGCAGCAGUGGCACCUGUAACACCUGCCUCAUCCUCCAAGAGCACGAAUGGAGCUCCUAAUGCAGUUUCUGAGUCAGAAGAAGAAAAAGCCAAAAAACUACUUUACUGUUCAUUAUGCAAAGUGGCUGUGAAUUCCCUGUCGCAACUAGAAGCCCACAAUACAGGCUCCAAGCACAAGACCAUGGUCGAGGCUCGGAAUGGUGCUGGUCCCAUCAAGUCUUACCCUAGACCUGGAUCCCGGCUGAAGGUGCAGAAUGGCAGUAAAGGCUCAGGACUGCAGAACAAGACGUUUCAUUGUGAAAUCUGUGAUGUCCAUGUUAAUUCAGAAAUUCAGCUUAAACAGCACAUUUCCAGCCGAAGGCAUAAGGACAGAGUUGCAGGAAAACCUAUGAAACCCAAAUAUAGUCCUUACAACAAACUGCAGCGAAGCCCAAGUAUUUUAGCAGCAAAACUUGCGUUCCAGAAGGACAUGAUUAAGCCGCUGGCACCUGCUUUCCUGUCAUCUCCUCUUGCUGCGGCUGCAGCUGUGUCCUCAGCCCUGUCCCUUCCUCCACGUCCCGCUGCCUCCUUGUUCCAGGCACCUGCAAUUCCACCAGCUCUCCUCAGGCCGAGCCACGGGCCCAUCCGCGCAACACCUGCCUCCAUACUCUUUGCACCAUACUGA